AUGAGUUCUACCAACGAUUUCCUACGUGACAACAGUCUUCCACUUGCUGAGAAGCAUGGAUGGGUUCGGGAGGAUGAAAGGGGCUACAGCAUCCUUGAAAGACCGCACGGUACCCUUCGCCCGUUCCGUAUCAUUCACGUAGGUGCUGGAGCUUCUGGAAUCAUCUUCUCCAAGUUCAUGGAAAACUAUUCGAAGAAUAUCAGUCUCCAGAUUUAUGAGAAGAAUCCUGAUAUUGGUGGCACAUGGCUGGAAAACAGAUAUCCUGGUUGCGCUUGUGAUAUUCCAUCCGCAUGCUACCAGUUUUCAUGGGCAAGAACCCCAAAUUGGUCCCAUUACUACUCCUCUUCUCAAGAAAUUUGGUCGUACUUCAACGAUGUUGUGGAAAACAAUGGGCUCCGGAAGUAUAUGAAGCUCAGCCAUACCGUUGUAGGAGCCAACUGGAAUGAGGAGGAAGGUCUUUGGCAUGUCAAGAUUCGCACUCCCGAAGGGACGGAAAUCGAGGACACUUGCAAUAUCCUAGUCAAUGGUGGUGGCGUCCUCAACAAUUGGAAGUGGCCAGAUAUUGAAGGCCUACACUCAUUCAAGGGACUGUUGCAGCACAGUGCUCAUUAUGACGAGUCUAUUGACCUCACGGGAAAACGAGUUGCUGUUAUCGGCAUUGGCAGCAGCGGUGUCCAGCUCAUCUCCUCCAUCGCCCCUACUGUGGAAAAGCUGUAUACUUGGAUCCGGAGCCCGACUUGGAUCACUGCUGGCUUUGCCCAGAAAUUUGCUGGCCCCAAUGGUGGUAAUUUUGAAUACACCGAGGAGCAGAAGAAAGCUUUCCGAGAUGAUCCUGAGUCGUAUCUCAGGUACUCUAAAAUGAUCGAGUCAGAACUAAACCAGAGGUUCAAAUUCAUUCUUAAUGGCACUCCCGAAGCAGAAGGUGCAAAGGAAUUUGCAAUUAAUGAGAUGAAAACAAAGUUGGGUGGCGAUAAAGAGCUUUGUGAGGCCAUGAUCCCCAAGGAUUUCGGUAUUGGCUGCAGAAGACCAACACCUGGAAAUGGAUUCCUUGAGGCUUUGAAUCUUGACAAUGUCCAUGCCUUUACGAAGCAGUUGCAGCGAAUCACCCCCGCAGGAUUUGUUGAUGCCGAUGGUGUCGAGCAUGAGGUAGACGCUAUCCUGUGUGCAACUGGGUUCGACACAAGCUGGAUUCCGCGUUUCCCUAUCGUGGCGGGAAACUAUAAUGUUCAAGACCUCUUCGCAAAGAGCACAAGCUCUUGGAUAUCUAUUGGAGUCCCCCACAUUCCCAACUACUACAUGCAAGGAGGGCCAUAUGGCCCACUUGGUCACGGAUCCACCCUUGCAAUCUUUGAGGCAACCUCUCGAUUGGUCCUUCAAAUCGCUGAAAAGAUGCAGACAGAAAACAUCAAGAGUGUUACCCCUAAGAUUGAAGUUUGCGAAGAGUUUGCGGAGCAUGCAAAGUUGUUCCUAAACCGCACCGCUUGGACUGGCCCUUGCAGCAGUUGGUUCAAGCAGGGAAAGAUCGAUGGACCUCUCGCCAUGUUCCCUGGUUCGAGAUUGAGCUUCCUUGCUCUUCUUGAAAAGCCCCGUCUCGAAGAUUGCGAUCUCAAGUACUUCAAUCGGCUGAAUAGGUAUGAGUUCCUUGGAAAUGGAUUCCAUACGAGGGAGUUUGAUGGAAGGGAUCUUUCUCAUUAUCUAGGCCUAUUGGGCGGCAAAGAUGUGCAACCAGAUCUGAGCUAA